AUGGAAACCAUAGACACAAACUCAAGCACACAAGCAAAAGUACCCCGGCACCGCUCAAUGCAGUCCACAACGUCUGAAGAGCACGAGCAGCAGUAUUCCGACUACAAUGGCACAAGGGACAACAUCCCUAGUCCGCAAUACGAAAGGUUGGCAAAAGAUGGUAGCCGUGGAAACGAUGCUAUUGGAGGCUCCUCAAUGCCGAUGGUAGAAAUUGGAUUCAAUGACAAGGAGGUUCCGACAUGGACGAAUCAGAUAACUUUGAGAUCUUUGAUCGUGAGCGUGGGGCUGGGGACUUUCUUCUCUAUACUGUCGAUUAAGGAAUCUUUGUCUACAGGAGUUGUUAGCUCUGUGAAUAUAUAUGCCCCGGUGGUUGGAUACUCCUUCAUCAAAGGAUGGCUCAUGAUCCUUGAAACAAGUGGGAUUGUAGGACAACCUUUUACAAGGCAAGAGAAUGCUAUGAUUCAAUCUUGUGUGGUUGCAAUCACCGGCAUUACUGUCAGCGGUGGGUUAGGGAACUACAUAUUUGCCAUGAGCAGUAUUAUAGCAUCAAGAUAUCCAGAAGGUAAUGACCCGCAGAACAUUAAGGACCCAGGCACUGCCUGGAUAAUCGCAUUCUUAUUUGUUACAAGUUUCUCCGGCUUCUUCUUUAUGAUCCCUCUUAGAAGGUAUAUGAUCUUAAACCUCAAAUUGCUGUACCCUUCUGCGGAUUCAGUUGGUAACCUUCUGAACACCAUCCACUCUCCUCUUAACAGCAAGUUCGCCAGCUUCUAUUUCGAGUUCUACACUGUACAUGUUGGGGUAGGCAUGUUGUGCCCGUACAGCACAACCUUUUCGCUGUUAGUUGGAUCAAUUCUUUCUUGGGGAAUCUUGUUCCCAUUUUUACGAAGUAAACGUGGAAUCUGGUACGAUUCAGUUGUGGAUGCGCGCUUUGACUACCGUGGCUUUGGCGGUUACAGAUUCACCCUUGGUUUGGCAAUAAUCCUCGGUGACAGCACGUUCCACAUCCUCAAAUACAUUGUUGCUAAUUUGAUCUGCAAAUCAAGGAACAAAGGGACUACCGCUGUGAUCAGUGGCAGUACUGAUAAUCAUCAUCAUCCUCAUCAUCUUCCCGUUAAUAUUUCUGGGCCCCGAUGCUCUGACCCGGAUCAUGAGAGCAAUGAUAUUGAUAGUACUAAUUGCUGUACUGAUACUAUGAUCAGGACCCAAAACUUCCUCAACGAGUUUAUCCCAACCAAGGUAGCAAUAGUCGGCGUUGUUGCUCUUGUGGCUGUCUCUGCAAUAUCACUUCCUAUAAUCUUUCCUCCUGUCAAAUGGUACUACGUCUUGUGCAUGUACGCAGUUGCCAGUCCUGUAGCUUUCAGCAGAGCACACGUCGCCGGCCUGACCGACAUGAACCCUACUGCAAGUUUUGGAAGGUUGGCCAUGUUCAUCUUUGGAGCUUGGGCUGGAGUCAGUCAUGGCGGUGUUCUUGUGGCUCUAGUUGCUUGUGGGGUGUUGAUGAGUUUUAUCAGCCCCGCUUCUCAACUCAUGUCAGAACUGAAAACUGGAUACUUAACCCUAGCUUCCUCAAGGUCUAUAUUGGUGACCAAAGUGUUUGGGAAUAUGAUUGGCUGCAUUGUCACUCCUUUAAUCUUUAAAUACUACCAAUCACAUUAUAGUGGUUUCGGUGGUCCUAGAUCAACCUUUUCGGUCUUUAUGGCUCCAUAUUUUAGAGAAGGUGCAAUCACUGGUGGUCUGGAAGGACUUAAAGGCUUGCCAAUGUACGCGGUGCAUUUUGGCGUCGCUUUCUUCAUUGCAGCCAUCGUCAUCAAUAUAAUCAAAGAGCUUUUACCGGAGAAGGUGGCGAAAUAUGUUCCAAUUCCGAUAGCAAUGGGUGUACCAUUCCAUAUUGGAGGCUACAUUUCUAUCAGUUUCUGCAUUGGGUCCUUGAUAGCUUUUCUGUGGAGGAAGAAGAACAAGGCUAAGGCUGAUGCAUAUUCACCCAUGGUUGCGACUGCUUUGAUUUGUGGAGAUGGGUUUUGGAUUUUGCUGGACUCCAUACUCACUUUGGUUAAUUUUCAGCCCCCUGCAUGCGCAUCGUUUUUACCUGCAGGGCAGUCUUAG